AUGAAGUGGGACCGGGAGAUUGUCCACGGGGAGCAGCGGAGAGCGCAGGGAUUCAUCGGAGACGGCGACGGUGUUCCGUCGUCCGAGGAGCUGCGGCUUGCCACGGGGUCGUCGGAGGUUAAUCCUCGCCCGCAUUUAUAACCUUUUCAAGCGUCUACGUUGAGUCCACCAUUGUGAUUGGUUGGGGGUGGUUUAAUGACGAAAAGUUAAACAAACUUAAGCUAGGAAUAUUCUCACUAAUUUAUGGUUAUAUUAUUUUAUUAUAUGUAAAACUUUAUAAGAAGCUAAAUUGUGACUAAGUAUUUGGCGUAUAAACACGGUCAAAUUCUGCCCGCGCCUUCUAGAACUUUCUACAACAUGGCAGUGCAUAAGCUAGCUUUCUAGAACUUCCUACAUUGUGAGCAUUUAUCUACAGGAUCCCUAAGUUCACACUGUCGACGGUUACUGUAUGGAUAGCCGCAGUACUUUGAAGUGUCUUAUCAGAUCCCAUUAUUCAGAUCUACUUGGUUGUACAAUAGGUUUUCUCACUUCUACUUUACGCGGGCAACACCAUCAACAUUACUCUCUUGCACCAGAGGCCACAGUUCCUCCGCCUAGUAAACUCGUGCAAGUGAUGUCCCACACUUUUGCUCCGAUUCCUGGGCUCGAUUCUCAUUCUGAGCCCAUAUUAUGUUCAUUCAGUCGCGUUCCUGUAAACUCCUGUGAAUAAGAUCUUUUGGACAUCCUUGUAUGUUUUAUCGUAGUGCCCAUAUACCUCUUUUUCCAGGCCCUGAGGUCCAUUCCAAAGACACGCCAGCAGUAUUGACCAUGGUUGCACUUGUCGCUUAAUCAUGUCCAAAUUUCUGAUCACCUUACUUUGCGAUCUCAAACUGAAAUGCCAUCUUUUCUGAUGUACGUUCGAAUCCCUCGAUCAGUCAGAGGCCCUUGACCUUGUAUCCACGAGUAUACUGUCUUUCUGAACUUAGGAUCAGCAAUGUUCGCCUCUAUCCCAUCUCCACCGAUAAAAUCCUCGUUAUGACUUAACGUAUCUGAUAGACGUUCGCGAAAAUACUUUAGAAAUAAAUACACAACUGUGGGAAUGCAUCCUGACAUGUUUCCUCACUACUAACGAUAGAAUUCAACCAGUUAGAUAUUUAUGCGCAAUAAGCCCCCGGUCUUUAAAACGUGACUUACAUAAUAGCUUGCAAUUCGUUACAUGAAGGGGAUUUCGAUUAGCUGGGUUUUAAAUGUCGCUUUUCUGAAACAGGUUUAUAGAAUAGUUUUAGGCUCCAGAGGUUUGCCUUUGGAUUUGUAUACUCGGUUAAUUGUAUACAACGGGUCACAAUUUAAAGGUAAUCUUGGGUUUUAUGACAAGUCUUUUUCGUUUCGUGUUAUAAACAUAAUUUCUCCAAUUUCCGCAUAGCCACUUUUGUCUUCAUUUGAGCCACGGUCAGCGCAGUCAUCUAAUUUAGAGUUAACCCUUCAAUAUCCGAUCAAUGAGAUUAGGAACACAGACUUUUUAAUAUAUCAUUUAAAAUCUAAGUGAUUAACACCUAAACAGAUUGCGUUUCUGUUUUAAUAAGCACGUCAUUAGGGCGAGUAGUUUGUUGUUGCGAGGUUUGCCUUUGGCUGUUGCUCAUGCACCUUUUAAACUUCCCUUCACAGUUACCGGAUAGAUAAAAGGGCGUGACGAACAGACAAAUGAGGCCGUAACUUUAAAAUAACCAAAUAGUGAAUUGCUUGGUUAAUUAUUCUGUUAUUUGGCACAACGACGCGAUAAUGCCCGACCGAGAAUUUUUGUCACUAUUGUCCCUCCCCACUAGCUGCUUUUGACUGAAAAUCAGUAUGAAUAGUCAAGAAAAUAAGACUUUAUUAGGUUAUCGUGAUGUACGUAGUCUUUCGCCAAACUGUCUUCUGUUUUUUGACCGUAUACCAGAAAAGCGACUGCCUGCAAUUUUGCGUGCUUGUCCGCGGUUUUCUAACUUCUGAAAAGUUUUCGGCGGGAUACUAGUUUGAAUUCUAUCAGGGUUUCUUGAAACAAAAACAACUUGAAAUUUCCAGUUUGAUAGAGGAUUUUCACUUGACGCAGGGCUUUUAAGUAGACGGAAUCGUCCCAUUAUUCCGAAUCUCCCGAAUUUUUCCACACAUUUGUGCUCUUAUACAGAGGGAAUAAUUCAAAAGCCUGCGACCGCAAGUUAGCAAUUGAUAUCAUCCUCCUAACAUGCUCACUGUUCUAUUUGAUCUGGGUCAGGCACUACUGCGGUUUACUCUGGGAUUGAGAGGUUCAUGGGCGAUAGCUCGCACAUGCUUUAUUCGCCCUUCUGUUACUGCCAUGCUUUUCUCGAGGGCAACCUAAAGCAAGUGCUAUCAAGUCAAGUCUCGUGCCGCCGACCAGAAGUCCCUGCAUGUGUUCUGGUUUUCCUGUCCGUCGACCCUUUAGGACAUAAUAAAACUGCUCAGCGUUAUCCUGCUGCAGCUUGCUGUCACGGUUGUCCCAGUUUGUUUUAAUCUGCUUUAUUAGGUUCUUAUCAAUAAGACCUUUCCGGAUUGUUCGUUUUCUUGCCAAUCUCAAGUCAUAUUUUUUGUGCAGAACUAUGGGCGAAGUAUCUAAUUUAAUGCUUCCAAAAUAAUACCAUAUGGUCGGCUAUCUUUCUAACGGCACAUCUUCAUUUCAGCAUCCUUUCACACUGGCGUAUCUGCUUUUCUCGUCUUGUUUCUUGUUGACAUUUCCAUCACCAGUCUUUUGCGUUAAAUAUUAAUUUCACACAAUGUAUUGUAUUGCUUGUAGAGCACUGACUCAGAUGCCUCGCCCACGUCUGACCGAUGAUGAUGGUGACGAGAGUUUGCUCCUAAUACCCCCAUCAAGGAUGCGAAACAUGAUGAAAAGUUCUCCUGAUGUUGAUUGUGUUAGCGCCGAGUCUGUUAUUUGCUUGAUUAAGGCUACGGUAACUCGAAUAAUAAUAUGCGCUAAUUAGUGUUUUCACCCAAUAGGAGAUGUUCAUCAAGGAAAUUAUAACCCUUUCAUACUCAAAAGCGUCAGGCGAACUCACAUACGAAAAUCUAUCCAAGACUCAAUCACAGUUGUCGCGAUAUUCCUUCUUAUCGGACAUACUUCCUCCUAAGAUUACUUUUAAGGAGUGGACGGAGAAAUACAAGCAUCUUUAUGAGCAGUCUUAUGCGAUUUCUUUUCUGACUUCAAAGAUUAUGAAAGGGGUAUGGUUCCCGUAA